CAAGCUCAGAGAAUUUUCACUCAGGCUGCUGCUGAAGCUAAGCUUUGCAAAGAAUUAGUUCUGAUUUGUUUUUGAAUUCUAGAGUUGGGGGAAAUGGAGAGAAGAUAUUUGUUUGCUUGAUUCCACAUGACAACUCCAGGGUAACUGAAUAGACUGUACGGUUGGUUUGACAAGGCUAUGCACUGAGCCAGCAGCUUCACAUACCAGAGAGAGGGGGCUGAAAUGGGGACUCUGACAAUUGUAAUGGAUUUUAUCAGACUUUCUCUAAAGACCAACUAUUUUGUCUUCAGUUGUUAAUGUUUUUCAGAGGUUUCCCUUCUGAGAGAUCGUGGCAGAAGAGGUCUCAAAAUGUGCAAAAGGUUUACUGUACCUAGUAAACUGCUGACUAGGUUAUGGGUUGCUACAUCACCAGCCUCAUUUGACUGAAGCACAUGGUACAAGCAGAGAUUUGCCUGACUGGCAGAACACAUAAGCCAUGCAUCAUCUGUUUGGGCUGGUUUUGGGACAAAAGGACCUUUCACGUGCAGGGGAUCUAUUCUCCUUAGAUGAUGCUGAGAUAGAAGGAAGCCUGUCAGAAGCUCUUGAGCAAAUAAAAAUAAUUAGUUCAUCUCCAGACUACCAGACUAACGACAAUGACCAAGCAGUGGUGGAAAUCUGUAUCACUCGAAUCACCACUGCUAUCAGGGAGACUGCAUCCAUAGAAAAACAUGGAAAGGCACUUGUGGCUCUCUGGGAGUCAUGUUUAGAGCACAAUCUAAAACCUUCAGGAAAAGAUGAGGACACACCACAUGCAAAAAUUGCAUCUGAUAUCAUGAGUUGCAUUUUGCAGAAUUACAAUCAACCUCCAAUAAUGGCUUUAGCUGUCCCCGUGGCAGUGAAAUUUCUGCAGAGGGGUAACAAGGAACUGUGCAGAAACAUGUCAAGUUACCUAUCCCUGGCUGCAAUUACCAAAGCAGAUCUGCUGGCUGAUCAUACAGACGCAAUUGUGAAAAGUGUCCUUCAAGGAAAUUCCAUGUUGCUGCGCGUGUUGCCCUCUGUGUAUGAAAAGCGGCCACAGCCAAUUAACAACCAUCUGACAGAGCUGGUGGCACUGAUGUCUCAGCUAGAGCAAGCAGAACAACACCACCUUCUAAGGCUAUUUCAGAUAGUGGCAAGGAGAAAGCAACCUGAGGUGCUAAAAGAAUGCAUUCCUUUUCUAAUUGGUCACUUAAGAGACCCUAACCAUAAUGACAUUAUCCUAAAUAUACUGAUAGAAAUAUCAGGCUAUGAACCGGUAACGUUGACCAGUUUUCUUCCAAUGCUGAAAGAGAUUGGUGAGAGUUUUCCAAGCCUCAUUGGACAAACCGCAAAGAUUUAUGGAGCUGUUGGGCACGUUGAUGAGGAGAGAGCGAGGAUGUGUCUGAUCUAUUUGGUAAAUCAGCUGGCCAACAUGGAACACUCGUUUCACCAUAUUCUUCUGCUGGAGAUUAAGGACAUCACCGACACCUUCUCAAAUAUUCUGGGCAACCAGAGCAGAGAUAUCUACCGUAUGAGUAACAGUUUCACUGCCAUAGCCAAGCUUCUGAUCCGACAACUGGAAAACUACACCACAUUAGGAAGCAGGACAGAAAAUGACGCUGAAGAAGAAUCUCCUGUACAGUUGGAUGAUUUAAAAUCUGUUAUGAAUGAAAAUGAAGAGGAUGAAAAGCUUCAAGUUAAAAUACAGGCUUUUGAAGAAAAAAUAAAUGUUGACAACAAUACUCCUGGCUCUGUGCGUAGAUAUAGUUUAGGCCAGGUUUCUAAAGAAGAAAGGAAGGAUAUGAGAUUUAACAGGUCCAAAAGUCUAGCUUUGCAUGCAAUCCGUACAAAGGGGAUGAAUUCAGACAAUGGACAAGACAUGGACAAUGGAGAUAUAGCAGCUGGCAUCUCUUUCACAGAAAUGUAUCUUAGCCAAGAAAAUGACAAAUUGCGUCUUAGUCCAGACACUGAAGAAUCGCAGCUGGAAAAUUCUUCAGUUUCACACCCAAGUAUCAAAUGUACAGAAUUAGAAAAUUUGCCAGAAUCUGUUGAAGAAAACUGCCAUGAAGGAAGUACAGAAACAAUAAAAAAUCCGGUGGAAUAUCAGGAUAAGCUCUACUUGCACUUAAAGGAAAAUCUUAGUAAAGUGAAAGCAUAUGUCAUGGAGAUUGGGAAGAAAAUUCCUAGCCCAGAUCAGUGUAUUAUUGAAGAUACUGUUAGAAGUUGUGUAGCAAAGCUGUUCUUCAGCUGCCCCCUGAAGGGUCAUUACUGCCUAUACAGUAAAUCCAGUUUUACACUCAUCAGCCGACAGCCUCAGCUAUGGAUCCAUAUCAUGUUUCUCUUUCAGCAGGAAAAAGAAAAGGUGAAAGUGGCCGGAGGGAGAAAUAACCUGCCUGACAGAAAAAUGAGAGCAAGGGAAACAGCUGAUGGAAAAGAUGUAUUAAAAUGCAUGAGAAUGAGCAGAGAAGGAAGAGCAGAAACAAGGGAGACACAUACUAGGAGAGUAAACAGUCUAUUUCUUUAUGAACUUAUAUAUAGUCUGAUGCCAAAAACAUACCAUCUUGCUGGAUGUUAACAAAAUGAUUUCAGUCCUUCUCUCUUUCUCUCUGUUGUAUAUUUUGAAUCAAUUAUAGUGAUGAUUUCAUCUUUGAUUCCACCUUUAUUUCCUCCUGCUUAACGUUUUCCUCAUAUUUUUUCUUUUUAAAAAUCUCUCUUUAACCCUUUUACCAAGAUUACAUUGCACUUUGGCGUGACCCUUUCAGUCUUUUAUAGAGCUGGGACAAUAAGCUUUGCAAUAUUUCCUAUCUCAACAGAUUUCCCAUCCCUCUUCCCCCACCCGCACUGCUUCUGUUCCUCAUCUUUCUCUUCUCUCCUCCUGUUUUUUUUUUUAAAUACCUCCUCAUCCCCCUUGGGAGCCUCACCUCAUUUAGAACUCCUAGACCAUGACUGCUCCAGUUACACUUUGGCUUUAAUGUGUUUUUUCACAUUUCUGUCUUGGGUAAUUGCAUUUGUUAAAUUAAAAGUGCUGUUGCCAAGCUGACAUCCUUAAAUUUUGGCUCAUCUUAACCAUAGCAGCUCAUAUAUUGAUGCUGUUCCUUAUCUGUUUAUUUUUUAAAAAAAUCUGGAAUAUACCCCAUCUAUACUAUGCUAGAAACUCACAAGACUACAUUCUUCCAUCUAUGCACAGGAAGUCCCAUGUGUAACCCACUAUGUACCCAGAAGAGAAUAGAUCCCUGAAUGUAUAGGGCUCAUCAUGAGUCAUCUUUCACACCCACUCUGGGGAGAAAGGGGCAUAAAGCACUCCCCUGCGUGAGCAUCUCCAUCUGGUCUGUGUGCAUGUGUGAGAGCAGCUGCUGCAGGGGAAGCUGCUCACCCUCCCAUGCAGGCACACAGGUAGUGGGCAGGCAGGAUUGCAACAAUAAGUGGAGUCUAGGCUCUGCCUCUCCAAGGGACUGGCUGGCAGAGCUGAGCCAGGCUAGAAGGGGAUGUAAACUCUGCUAGGACCAGAAUAUUUUCCCUUUUGGAGCAAGGGGGCAGCAGGGACUGAACAGUGACGCCGCAUUGGAGCGGGAGGUGUAAUUCCCAGUAUGAGGAGACAUACCUGUGAUUGAGCUAAUGUGCUAAAAAGGAGUGUAGCUGUGGCAGCACGAACAGAAGAAUGGGCUAGCUGCCCUGAGCAUAAACCCAUGAUCUUGGACAGGAUCAUACUUGGGGUGGCUAGUCCCUUCUGCUGCUUGCACUACCUGGGCUAUGUUUUAUUUUUAGCAUGCCAGUGCAAUUAGAACUAGUACAAGUAUGUCUCCUUGAGAUGAAAAUGACACCUUCCAGCUCUAGCGUAAACACACUUAAGAGUCUCAUUCUGUCCCUGGUGUGCUCCUGGGGCAGUGAAAUUCUACAUUGCCCCUUCCUGUGGGCUUGUGGUAACACCAUGAUCUAGUCCUUAUUUCCCUAGGAAUUUGUUUUUUUUACCAUCUUUUAUGUCUAUGGCUUUGUUUCUAUUCUGAAUUACUGGUUAAUAUAGGGGUCCUUGCAGCUUUAUUCUUCUAUUGCUUUUGAAAUAAUUGUAGUAAAAAUUACUGCUGAACAUCUAGAGCCCGAUUCUGGUGCCAGUGAGUCCACAGCAAUUCUCCCAUGGGCUUCAGAUGUGCAGGAUCAAGUCAGUAACAUUUGGUUUUGUGUCCUUGCAAAUACACUGUACACAUAGCAGUGUUUAUGCCCUUCUGUGAAAAAAUGAUGGUUCUUAUUAUGUUGUAUUCACUAUUCAACCCCAUUGUGCAGUAACAUGAAGUUUGAUGUAUCGUAAUUUACACUUUUUUCAUUUGUUUGAAACUCUAAAAGCUUUUACAUACUGUGUCUAUUUAACCAUUUUUAAAUUAAAUAUCAUGCUACAUUCAUCCCUGGUGUAACUCCACUGACGGCAGCGGAAUUGCGCAAGGCAUGACUUUGGUAGAAAGUAUAUUUAUAAUGUGUUAGCAUUUACCAAAUGUAGUUAAUAACUAUCAAAAAGUCAUUUUUGUCCCAGAUCCAAGGAAUUCCAUAAGUUACCUUAUUUUUGUGAAUAAAUGCAAUGUUUUGCCAUUUAUUAUCCUCUUUUUGCUGAGUGCAAAGGAAUAAUUUUCCUCUCAUAUCUCCAUAACAGAUCCUGACUUCUGUCUUCUGUUCUCCCUAUAAUUGUGAAAGUCUUGGUUAAUAAUUGUAAUAUGCUUUGAAAUCCUUGGCUGAAAGUUGUGGAACUGCAAAUUAUUAUUAUACGUAUUUAUUAUUUCAAGAUGGGUGGAUUUUAUCUUCAUAGAAGGAGCAGAAUAUUUGACUUCAGAGCUGUUUUGUAGAUUUGAGAGGAGACUGUUUUUCCAAUUAAAUGAUUAUUAAGAACAGAAAUGAAGGUAGAAUAAUGGAUGGUCUUGGAGGAAGAAAGCAUGGUAUUUAAAUAGUACUGAAAUUUUCUGAAAAUGCAAGACCGUAAUGUCCAGCUGAAGAGGAACAAAUCUAGGUCAAUUUUUCAAGUUUGAUUUAUUUAUUAAGCUUUUUCCUACAGCAAAUUUUGCAUCAGAUGAUAUAGGUCAACUCUACAGCCUCUGGCUUAAUUGGUCUCUUCAGGCUCGAAACUGUAUAAUAGGCAGUGUUGGUAGUGCCCCCUAUUUUUAAGGUUGUCUGAUAUUUCACAUUAUAAGACCCUGUUUUCAGUUGCUUGUAACUUUGCCAAACUUUAACUGUUUGGGUUGAAAUUUUCCAUGCAAAGGUGUCCCUUAAGCAGAAAUUGUUCUGGAAAAUGUAACCUAAAAUGGUUUAGCCAUGUCUAAGAAUGUGUCUAGGAGAGUAUAUGUUGUUUUGCCCAUAUUAAAAAAAAAUCAGGGUGAUGCUUUCUUUGAAUCCCUCUGGUGCCCCUAUACUAGACUAGAAAUUUGGCAAGGGGUGCCUUUAUGUCAGGGUCAUGCCUUUUGCCACUCCUGUGAAAAUAUACCUGAAUUUGGCCAAGUUCUAAAUCUCUGAAAAAUCACAGUUCACACAUGCCCAGUAGAAAUGUCUUAGAUUUUUAGCAGCUAAAUUGCCUGAAACUUGCAUCCACAUUGGGCAUGCUUCAGUCCAGAGUUGAGCAGGCUUUCCCAGCAAUUGCAUCUUUCCCUGCAAUUGCAUCUCUAGGGUCAGGCUGGAAUCAAGCACCAGAACUCAGAGCAGGGAGACUUUGUCUUUUGGGUGCUCAGUGACACCCCGCCUCCCACCUGCUGGUCCCAGGCAGCAUGGAGGAGCAAGCUACAUGAUUCAAGUGCUGAAGAGACAUGAGCCAGACUUGGGAGUUUGUGUGCAGGGGGAUUACAUUGGAACAAGGAACCUGUGGA